AUGGAACCUGUUGAAACUCAACACUGUGAUGGUGGUGACGCUGAUGUCUCCUCAUGGGUGUCAGUGUGUCCCAACGGCCUCUGGAGGGUCCAACAGAAACACAUGUGGAGUCAGCAAACUGCUUCCAGUACCGGAGACGUUACAUCCUCUUUAUCUAAAAGCUGUCCAGGCUUGGGCUCACUCUGUCGUGUCCGAGUGCAGCUUCAGGUCCAAGCGGACGACUCGGAUGGCUCCUUAUCUGAAAACACAAAUGACAAGUUGGCGUUGGGCGAUGUUGCAGAGUGGGCGAUCACGCCGUUCCCGCGGUGUCAGGACUCCAUCCUGCAGAUCCCAGUGGGUGACUGGAUGACGCUGAGGCUGGGGGAGGGCCAGUGCGACGUCACAGAGGCGUGUUUGGAGGGGAUGAGGGCAGGGGAGAAAUGUGAGAUACAACUCACUCCGCUUGGACAUGGACCAGAGGCCUCUGUUUACCAACCUCACGAUGGAAACCUUCCUUUAUGUGCCACCGUUGAACUGCAAGCUUUCACGCCCGGAAAGGAGUCCUGGCAAAUGUCUGCAGAUGAAAAAAUGGAAUGGGUGAAGUCCCACAAAGAAAGAGGCGGAGUGAGAUUCAGGAGCGGGGAUGUGUGGGGAGCUGCCGACAGCUACAGCCGAGCCCUCAAACUCCUCAUCCCUCUUUGUGGCCUUGUUGGAACAAAGGAGCCCAAAGCACAAGAGCUGGAUGCUGGAGAGGACAGUGACACAAGCUCCUCAGAUGAAACACUACAGCUUCCUUCACGCGACGAACUUAAAGUUAUCAAAGCCGGGCUUCACUCUAACCUGUCGCUGUGCCAGCUGAAGCUGAACCAGCCAGAACGGGCGAGGGCCAAUGCUGCUAAAGCCACCCAGCUGGAGCCCGGUGCCUCUAAGGCAUGGUACCGACUGGGCCAGGCGUGCCAGAUGCUGAAUGAGCUGGAAGAGGCCAAACAAGCCUUUAGAAAACUGCUGGAGCUCCAACCAGACCUGCCUGCUGCUGUGAAGGCACUUAAAGAUGUCAUUCAUAAAGAGAAACAGAGAAAUGCACAGCUGGGGCAAAGACUUAGCAAAAUGUUUACCUGA